CCAAUGGAAGAAAGCAGGAGCCCCGCAUCCUUUGGCUGCGUUCAAAUGGGAACCUGAAUAGGCGUCAGCUCUGAAUGUCCUGCCCAGUUUGUGAAGUUGGGGAGGAGGGAGAUGAACAGCUGGGCGCGCCUUUGAGGUCCAGGGGCGAAAGGGGGCUUCUCCUCCAGAAAUUUAGGGAUUUGGGCAUUGCAAGAGAAGAAAAGCAAACCCUACACACAUCCGGAGCGGCGUCCCUAAGACAGUUGGAUGGCACCUUGUACGCCUGCUUCCGGAAACUCCUGCAGCCAAGCUGGUGAGCCUCAUCAACUCAGAGAACAACCAGUGGUGCUCCUACAGAUUCUCCCUGCCGGGUUUGUUUAGAGUUUGUUACAGCCGGACAACCUUGACAGGAGCCCGACAUUGCUCUCCUCUCCUGCGAAUUCCAGCAGCAGGGUCUGGUGAUCUUUGAGGCGGCAGCUGUGUAUUUAUUUCCCUGAGGAGGAGCGGGCGUUACUGGAUCCAGGGCUCAGAGCCUUGUGCAAGGAAGUCAUGGAGGAGGAACAGGGGAGUGUAGCUUCUCUGGCAACUGGGCAGAGCAGUGAGGAUUACAAAGAGCCAAUUGGGGUGUCCUUGGAACCCGUCAAGAAUGAAGAGGGAGAAGAGACCUUUAGGGAUCAAGAAAUGUGGAGGAGGCAGGGCGGAAACAAAGCAGACGUCUGUGAAAUCCCUAUCCAAAGAGCGCACACAGAGGAGAAACCACUGGCCUGUGGUAAUAGCUUCAGUCGCAGCGCAAACCUCAUGUCUCAUCAGAUAAUCCACAAGGGAGAGAGAAAAGUUAAGGGUCUGGAGUUUGGAAAGGACUUUGGUCAAAGCAAACACCAAGCUUCACACCAAGCAAUUCAUGGGAGAGAGAAACAUCGUAAAUGCCUGGAAUGCGGAAAGAGCUUCAGUCGAAGCACAAACCUUACUAAACAUCUAAGAACUCACACAGGGGAGAAACCGUUUAAAUGCCUGGAGUGUGGGAAGCACUUUAGUCAGAGCUCAAACCUGAUUUCCCAUCAAAUAAUUCACACCGGGGAGAAGCCCUAUCAGUGUUUGGAGUGUGGCAGGGCCUUCAGUCAGAACACAAACCUUACCAAGCACGGGAGAAUCCACACGGGGAAGAAGCCUUUCAAAUGCCUGGAGUGCGGAAAGAGCUUCAGUCAAAGCUCAGACCUCAUUUCCCAUCAGAGAACACACACGGGUGAAAAGCCAUUUAAAUGCCUGGAGUGUGGGAUGUGUUUCAGUCAGAGCACGGCCCUUACGAAACACGACAAAAUCCACACGGGAGAGAAGCUUUACAAAUGUCUGGAGUGCGGAAAGAGCUUCAGCUGGAGAAAAAACCUUACUUCACAUCAAAGAAUCCACACACAGGAGAGGCCGUACAAAUGCCCAGAGUGUGGGAAAAGCUUCAGUCAGAGCACAAACCUUAUUAAGCAUGAGAGGAUCCACACAGGGGAGAAACCCUAUAAAUGUUUGGAGUGCGGCAAGACCUUUACUGUGAGCACGAGCCUUACGUCACAUCAGAGAAUCCACACAGAGGGGAAGCCAUAUAAAUGUUCCGCGUGUGGCAAGAGCUUCAGUAGGGGCACAAACCUUGAGAAGCACAAAAGAAUUCAUGCUGCAGAGAACCAUUUAAAUGUCUGGAGUGUGGAAGGAGCUUCCAUUGAAGAGGAGACCUUCCUUCCCAUCAAAGAAUUCACCCAGGAGAUAUGCUGUUUAAAUGCCUGGAGUGUAGAAUGAGCUCCAGUCAAGAGAACCAUCUUUAAAUAGUAAAUUUAGGAACCAUUUUAAUGCCUGGAACGUGGGGAAAGCUUCAGGUCAAGCACAAUGCAUGCUAAUGAUCUAAGAAACCUGGAUUGUGGAAGGAGUUUCAGUCAGGGCUCAUCCCUUAAUUUCCAUCAAAAUGUUCAUUGCAUUGAAUUUUCCAAAAUAUAUUUUUUUAAGUGUCUAUUUUAUUUAUUCAGGGUGCCAAGGGUGUCAUGGAGAGAAAACAAAAGGUGGUUUUGGUAAGAGCUGACUGCUUUUCACGCUGUCCAUAUUUCUGUCGAUUCUUUUGAUAGAUGUUCUUGUAGUUUGUUGGUAGGUGUGUAAGUGAUGAAAAAGCAACAGGUGGCAAAAUAAGACUGUGCUUCCUCUUUUUCCAAUCUUUCCAAUAAAAUACUUCCAAAUGUU